AUGUUGAACAUUCAAUCCGUAAGACGCUGCGCCACUCAGAGCAACCCAGGCUGCACGGGCCUGAUGGAGAGGCGUGUGGAGCUAUUGCGUAGUUGGGAGGUGAGAAUGAAGAUAUUGGACCUCUGUUGCUGGCGAGCCAUUUCCUGUCUGGUAUCUUCCUCCCGUAGCUGGCUGCAAGCUGUCCAGACUUGGCAUGGCACUCCACACGUGCCAAGCACCAUGGCAUUUCAGGCGUCGGGAGAUCAAUGGGAAUUCUCCUGCCAGAUAUCUUGCGAAGAGUUGGUGCCCGGCCAGCACCAGGAAGUGAGCAUGAGAUUCCAUGGCCUGUCUGCCCGCGAAACACCUGAGUUUCGUUGGGUAUGGCAGGUAGGCAACACGAACUUCGAAGAAUCGGAAGAUGCAUGGUGGUGGACUGAUGACGAAUAUCCAUAUGCUGCGGGCAUGUACUUGUCAGGUUACACAAAUCAGCCAGACUUCUUCAAAAAGCUGAAGUUGCCAGAGACUGUUGUUCAUGCAGCUUCGCAUAAGGUGACACUCAGUUUUGACGAACUGUGUGGUGAGGAUGGUGACUUUGGAUACAGCGGGGCGCCCAUUGGUGUGGUUUUGGACGAUACAGUGAGAUUGGACACCGGACCCGGGCUGGGCAUGAAAGGUGCAGGGAAAGGCUCGAUAAAGCUGUGCCGUCCGGUGCCACGCUACAGCAAGAAGGUGCGGGUCUCCAUUGAAGCCAUGGGACCUGUGAAAGUUUGCAAGGAAGCUGGGAGUCGAUGA